AUGUCAUAUAAUACCCAACCUCCUAUAACGAAUACGAAGAGAAGAAGAAAACAACGUCUUUUUACCAGGGAUAUUGAGCAAUUGUUGUAUUCUUUAGGUGAUGGACCUUAUUCUUCGGACCAAACAGUAAAUGCAUUGGAAGAGACAUUAGUAACAUAUCUCAGCGAUUUAUGUCAUACGACGCUACAAUUUGCUAGAAAUCAAGGAAGAUCUAGAGUUAAGAUUGACGAUUUUCCUUUUGCUUUAAGAAAUGACCCAUAUAAAUUAUCAAGAUUGGAAUAUAUUAUAAAUCAAAGUCAAAAAAUUGAGAAGGCUAAGAAGAUAUUUGAUGAUAAGAAUGUAGUAUCGAAUAUAAGUGCUAUUGAGAAAGAUAAUGACGAUAAUGAUGAUGACAAUAAUAAGCAUAAAUACGAACAACCUAAUCCAAAGAAAAAGAAAAGAAAGGUUACAGGAAAUGUAACAUUAAGACAGCACGACGAAGGGUCCGAUGAGAACUAA